AUGUCGGAACCCCAAGACACCACCACCACCACGACGGCCCCUUCGACGGCGGCUCCCCCCGUGCCUGCACCUGCCGCCCAAGAGCCUGCUGCUCCCCCUCAACAACAAUCUCCUCAGGUCUCGUCGGCUACCGCUGCGUCGGCUGCUGCAACUGCUGCUGCUGCGACUGCUGCCGUUGCUAGCCCUCCCAUCAACGGCACCACCACUCGCCCGGCCGAGGAACUGUCCUGUUUGUGGCAGAACUGCUCUGAAAAGUGCCCGUCUCCCGAAGCCCUCUACGAACAUGUGUGCGAGCGUCAUGUCGGUCGCAAGAGUACAAAUAACCUCAACCUGACCUGCCAAUGGGGUAGCUGUCGGACGACGACUGUCAAGCGCGAUCACAUCACCUCUCACAUCCGUGUCCAUGUGCCGCUCAAGCCCCAUAAGUGUGAUUUCUGUGGCAAGGCUUUCAAGCGUCCCCAGGAUCUGAAGAAGCACGUUAAGACCCAUGCUGAUGAUUCCGUUCUGGUUCGCUCCCCCGAGCCUGGCUCUCGGAAUCCGGACAUGAUGUUUGCAAGUGGCGCUAAAGGGUACGCCGCGGCUGCUCAUUACUUCGAGCCCACGAUUAACCCAGUCCCUAGCCAGGGUUACGCCCAUGGUGCUCCUCAAUACUAUCAGUCUCACCCACCGCCUCAACCUUCCAACCCAUCCUACGGCAAUGUCUACUACGCCCUGAACCACGGCCCAGAAGCCGGACACACCUCGUACGAGUCGAAGAAGCGUGGCUAUGAUGCUCUGAACGAAUUCUUUGGUGACUUGAAGCGCCGCCAGUUUGACCCGAACUCGUAUGCGGCUGUGGGUCAGCGGUUGAUGGGGCUACAGAGUCUGUCGCUGCCCGUUCUGAGCAGCGGACCUCUGCCUGAAUACCAAGCGAUGCCUGCCCCCGUGGCUGUAGGUGGCGGUGGAUAUAGCCCUGGAGGCCAUCCCUCCGCUCCGUCGUAUCACCUGCCCCCAAUGAGCAACGUGCGCACCAAGAAUGAUCUUAUAAAUAUCGAUCAAUUCUUGCAGCAAAUGCAGGACACGAUCUACGAGAACGACGACAACGUUGCCGCAGCGGGAGUUGCCCAACCCGGUGCCCACUACGUCCAUGGAGGUCUGAGCUACCGCACCACUCACUCGCCGCCCACACAGUUGCCCCCCAGCCAUGCGACAGCUACGACAGCGGCUAGCGCCAUGAUGCCCAACCCAGCCACCCACUCUCCCUCCACCGGCACUCCCGCCCUCACGCCUCCUUCCAGUGCACAGUCCUACACCUCCGGUCGCUCCCCGAUCUCUCUCUCGUCCGCCACUCGUGUGUCGCCACCUCACCAUGAAGGCGGCCACAUGUAUCCUCGCCUGCCUUCGGCUACCAUGUCUGAGAGCAUGACAGCAGGCUAUCCGACCACGUCGGGUGCGGCACCGCCUUCCACACUGGGGGGUAUCUUCGAUCAUGAUGACCGGCGUCGAUAUACCGGUGGCACGCUGCAGCGCGCGCGCCCGGAGCCCCGCUCCAUGCCUGAUGCCAUGGACUUGUCGCAAGACAAUGGGAAGGCAGAUAGCGAGCGCACCCCUCUCGCUAAGGGGCGAGCAUCCUCACUGUCACCCAAGAGUUUCUCGGCUAGCUUAAUCGACCCUGCGCUGUCGGGAGCGGCUGCUGAAGCUGAAGCAACGCUCCGGACCGCUCAGGCGGCGACCGAGGUGGCGGAGCGGGCUGAUGUGCAGUGGGUGGAAAAGGUCCGGCUGAUCGAGUAUUUGCGUAACUACAUUGCUUCCCGGCUGGAACGGGGUGAAUACGAGAACGAGUCUCAGCGAAUCCGCGACGAACGGAGCCCGGAGUCAGCCUCGGGGAGCCAAAUGGAAGGGGUGGAGAUCACGCCAGCCGAGACGGCACCAGCCAAGCCGGGAGUGAAGUCGGAGGCAGGGGAUGCAGUGAUGUACCCGACGUUACGAAUGGACGAAGAUGGCGAUUCCAAGAUGCCCUGA